AUUUUAUUUUUGAGGUCAUUACAUUAUAACACGAUUUCGCCCGAUGCGCAACCGAACAAGACACGAACGUCAUCCGAAACGGAAACAAGGGCGAUGUUGCAUUAGCGAAGAAAGACAGCUGUCGUAUCAUUUUCAGCUGAUUUUUGUGUACGCAUCGCGGACGCUGCAAACUCAAACAGCUAUCGAAACCUUUUGAAACGUUACACGUUCCUCGGUUGUAGUCGCGUGCAAAGUAUUUCUGUUGUGAGAGUAGUGCGACGCAGCAGGCCAGGACCGAGAGUUUCGCAGCGACGAACAAAGGGAGAUGGUCUAUUGAGCGCGGGUGGUGCGUAUCGGGCGGCCGUGACGUCACUCGGCCAAGGCGUCGAGGCCGAUGCGGCGGGCGCGCUCGUGAUCUCGGCGCUCCGACGAGCGCGGCGUGCGGGCGCAGCGGAGCGGGCCAGCCUGGCCUCCACUGACUCGGGCGACGAGGGCGCUGGGCACCGGCCGCCGCGCAAGCGGACCCGCAGGCUGUCGCCGCCCGCCCGGCCCGCAGACAUGCAUCAGCCCUGUACCAACGGCGCACCGCCGCCGCCGCAUGUCAACGGCGACACUGCGACACGCAAUGGCGACCUGCAGCCUCCUGGCCUCCGUAUGAGCCAGACGGACCAGGAGAUCGUGCGCCUUAUAGGCCAGCACCUCCUCUCUAUUGGGCUUGAGCGCAGCGCGGCGCUGCUGAUGGAGGAAUCAGGGCUGCACCUGGAGCACCCGGCCGCCGCCACGUUCCGGCAGCACGUGCUGGCCGGCGACUGGGUCAAGGCCGACCACGACCUGCGCGCGCUGCACGACCUGCUGCGCGAGUCCCCGCACGUCGACCCGCACAGUCUCGCAGAGAUGAAGUUCGUGGUGCUGGAGCAGAAGUACCUGGAGCACCUGGAGGCGGGGCGCGUGCUGGACGCGCUGCACGUGCUGCGCAACGAGCUGACGCCGCUGCAGUACGACACGCCGCGCGUGCACCGGCUGUCGGCGCUCAUGAUGUGCGGCGACGCGCGCGAGCUGCAGCAGCGCGCGCACUGGGCGGGCGCCGGCGCGCUGUCCCGCGCCGCCGUGCUCGCGCGCGUCCAGGCCGUGCUGCCGCCCACGCUCAUGAUGGCGCCCGGCCGCCUGCGCGCGCUGCUCUCGCAGGCCACGCUGCACCAGGCCUCGCGCUGCCGCUUCCACGCCGCGCCGCGCCCCUCCGCCAACCCGGAAAACAUCCCCUUCUCGCUGCUGGCUGACCAUCACUGCUCGGCCGAUCACUUCCCGAUACACUCGCUGCAGGUGCUGAACGAGCACUGCGACGAGGUGUGGUACUGCAAGUGGUCGCCAGAUGGCUCGCGCCUCGCCUCUGGCUCCAAGGACAACACUGUCAUGAUCUGGGACUUCGACCCCGUGGCUAAACGCCUCACCUUCAGGAAGUCCCUGGAGGGCCACACGUACGGAGUGUCGUUCCUAGCGUGGAGCCCCGACGGUCGCUACCUCAUCGCCGCCGGACCGGAGGACUGCCCCGACCUGUGGAUAUGGAACAUGGAGACGGAGCAGUUGCACCUGAAGAUGACCCACUCGCAGGAGGACUCGCUGACGGCCGUGGCCUGGCACUCCACCUCCGACAAGUUCGUGUGCGGGGGCGCCCGGGGACAGUUCUACCACUGCAGCCUCGAUUUAAAUGAGCAGUAUGAGUAUUUAUAUAUCAGGGAGGUACAAGCGUUAGUGUUGCAGGGCACGCUGCUGAACAGCUGGGACGGCGUGCGCGUGAACGCGCUGUCGUGCCGCGGGGACGCGCGCGCCGUGCUCGCCGCCGACACGCACCACCGCGUGCGGGCAUACGACUUCACCGACCUCACCGACCGGAACCUUAUCCAGGAGGAGCACGCGGUGAUGGCGAUGACAGUGAACCAGGCCGACACUCUGCUACUGCUGAACGUGGCCAACCAGGGCGUGCAUCUAUGGGACAUACGUGCGCGUGCGCUGGUACGUCGGUUCCGCGGCCUGAGUCAAGGUCACUUCACCAUCCACGCCUGCUUCGGCGGAGCGCAUCAGGACUUCAUCGCCUCCGGGAGCGAGGACAACAAGGUGUACAUCUGGCACAUAGCGGGCGAGGAGCCGAUCGCGGUGGUGUCGGGGCACACUCGCUGCGUGAACUGCGUGGCGUGGAACCCGGUGCACCACGACGUGCUGGUGUCGGCCUCCGACGACUACUCGCUGCGCCUGUGGGGCCCGCGCACGCACCACUCCUAGUACCUGGGGACGCGGUGUCCGCCCGGGGUCGUCUGCCAGCAGGCCUGCAACUCCCUGCACUGCAAGCUGGCGCUCGGCCUGCCGCCCGGACCCGCGCCGGGGGCGGAGCCCCGCCGCCCGCGCCCCGACCUCGGUGCGCCGCCCUCUUCUGCGCAGUGAAGACGCUGACGGCCUCUAGCCUACACCUGUGUUGGAUAUAUUCCAUGGCACAACGAGUAGCGCACGUCGCCUACGGACGAUAUUCAAUCUAAAUAGUGUGACAUUGUGUAAUCUGUGUGCGCUGGAACUAAUUUACUCUAUAAUGAAUAUAUAAAUAAGUCAUAUAUUGAGACCGGGACUGUCCGGCGGCGUGGCCCCGGCACGCGGGGAGCCAGCGCUUGCCUCGUCCAGUAGUCCGGCGCACGGCGACUGUACGGCGCGGCGCGGCGCGGGGGACUGCGCGCAGUAUAAGCUAGGAUUAGGAUUUGGAGUAAUUUCAUACAAAAUUAUAUGUUUUAGCCAUAUUGAGUUUUAUUGAAUGAUGUUAUUGUUACGGUGAAAAUUAUGAAUAUGUAUUUUAAAGGUAUGAUUGCCUAUUAUGAUGUCGUAAAGCGUGUUGUUACAGUCCCGUCAUUUGGUAGCUGAAAGUUUUCAGCUUGCCGUUUCUCAGAAUAUAACUUUCUUGUAUCGUUGCUGCUCCAUAGCAGGUUUUUGGCAAUAUUAUUACCUUGUUCUGAAGGUACAAACUUCCUUUAAUAUCGUCACUACAUUAAUGUGUUUCUAUAAUCAACAACCUCUGCAUACGAGCGCCGUCAGGUCAUCCCAGUAAUUCUGAUAGAGAUAUAAGAAUGUAUGUCAUUCCAAACCUUACUUUACUAACAAUAAGAUCUCCUUCUUUCUUUCUUUACGUUUCGAAUACUUCACCAAACUAUUGCAUAUAUGUUCGUUCAUGAAUACCCUGUAUUCACAGAACAUAGACUCGAACUAAGUGCGGCGCUUGUACGCAGAAACUUGAUUAUAAAGUAUUAGUGCCGAAAGUCUAGGAAAUUUUCUUCACUUUAUUUUACUAUCAAUGCAAUGAUGCGAAGACCACAUCAAAUCUUUAUUAGUCAUGAGAAAUGUUUCUAGUUUGUUCAUAUUUCAUACCUACCAAAUGACAGGACUAUUUGGGUUAUGUAUGUAUAACUAUUUCGAUUUGAUAAAAAUAUUGUUUGGUCGCAAAAUUCCAUUACUUGGUUUGAUGCGAUGAGAAAAUACGUUUGGUAUUUGUAGGGUAGGAUUCUAAAUUUAUGUAUCACUAUGGUAAGGUUGGAUAAGUAAGGCGUAGGCAGUAGAGAGCAGACACUCCCGCGCCGCUCGGCCACACAUCUACGAUAAUAAUUUAUUUAGGUCUCUUCGGAUAAACUAAUUAAGACUUAGUCCUGCCCCGCCCGGGAGCGCGGCGCGGGCCGGCGUGUAUCGAUAGCCUCAGAGUAUAUUUUGUAGCGGGACCGCUCUCGGCUCUAUUUUUAUACCGACCACUGAAUCUCUCGCGAGGUUGUAUACUUUACUAGGCCGUUAUACUUGACACGUUCGUUGCAGUCCACCACCUCCUCUCCUCGACACACGACACCACACUCCGCCGCUCAUGGGUCCAUCAUAAACUUUAUUUCAUUAAAAAGUAUUGCAUGGCUAACAUUGGAGUGCUCGAGUUACGUUCUAUACAGGUGGGCUGUGAAAUACUUUAUUGUUAACCAACGCUGUCUUUUAUUUGUCUAUUCAUCUUGUAAAAAUGUAGAAAGUAAAUGAAAAUCUUAUUUAUGGAAGUGAUUCUUACAUUCUAUCCAUAUUUGCCUAUAUUUUAUACAACAGCUCACACCAACCAAUAGUAGGACUGCUAAAUAAGCCUGGUUGAUGCACUAGUGCAGCUGUACUUUGUGAACUCAAUGUAUAGAGCUAUAAAUAUUUGUAAAUGUGGGUUUUCUUGUUAGUGCGUGUUCAGUUUAAUAUUGUUUAUUGGGAAAUGUAUGCAGUGUAUAUACUUGUCCAGUCGGCAGUGUAUUGCAGUGGAUGAGCCCGACACGGUGUGAGUAGCGACCGAGUGGCGAGUAUAACGCGCUGGGCGCACCGGACUGCCGCGCAGACGCGAAGCGACGUCGACAAAUUAUGAUCAGCUUUGUAACAUAUUUGUUUUUGAUUGAUUUUACAAUAUUUUUAGAGGUACUAAUUGUAGCUUUUGUAGUUCGCACAAUGCCUUACCCUGUAUGUAGCCGCACGCGACGCUGAGGUACAUGCCGCGUGGAUGUGGACUGUAUGAGCUUUUGACAUCGUUUCGGAAGUCAAGGUAUUUUACGUAGAGGAGUAGAGGGGCGGCGGCGGGCCGAGGGUUGCGUCAGGGUCGCUGGCGGCCUCGUCUGCGCGGCGCGUCCCCUCCCCACGGCAGUAGUGUGCGAGUGUGUGUGUACAAGUACAAAGGUUGGAGUGUUCGGUUAUUAACGAUAUGAUAUCUAUAGACUUGUAUGGGCGCGCGGAUGCGGCCCGGGGCCUAGGCCUCUCAUUUGAAUUGUUAAAAAUAAAUAAUGAUUAUAUCAAUAAAUUUUUUAUUGUAAACUAAUGCUGUCUUUCAUUUUUCUUCUCAUCUUGUAAAAAAUAGUAAAUGGAAUUCUUAUUUAUCAACGAUAUUCUUACAUUCUAUCGGUAAUUGGCUAUAUUUUACAACAGCUCACAAAUAAAUAACCUGCCAGAAGCCACAAUACAAGAGUCGAACACUAACUAGAAAUAACUUAGCACUUUAAUAAUCAAUAAUAACAUUAGACUCUCUUAAUAAACUCAAGUUAAGCCCGGCACUAUAAGUUGGCGGUGCCAGACUUCUCCACCAGCUCCAGCAGUGUGUGCAGCGAGGUAUCAAACAGUUCGCACCGGAUGGGCAUCUCUAGUGAGUAGAAAGGGUUCUUCAGUGCAUAGUCAGAAUAAAGCUCAUAGAUCCUCUUGAGAACCACUUCUGCACCUUGCAUGGAGGGGUCUGUCACUAUAAUGAACUUCACUCCUGGAAACACAAAAGAUGAACAUUAUAUGCACUGGAG